UGAUCCAAGCCACUUGCUGGUUGAAGUAUCCACUCCGGUAUUUCUGUGUAUCUCCUCAGUACAAAGGGCGGGUGUGUGCAGUCGAAACGGAAAAGUUUUUAGUCGCGCAAGGAAAAAGAAGACCGCUGCAGAAAUGAUUGCGUCUAGUUUCAGGGAUUGUCAGGCUUGGAGGGCAGAGGGUCUACCAUUGUCCACAUCCAGCAAUGAGGCCUGCAAAAUGUAUGAUGCUAUACUCACACAGUAUGUAACCUGGCGCAAUGAUGAGACCCUUGGAGGAGUCGAGGGAUGCAUCUCUGCAGUCAAGUCAGCUGACCCUGACUUUGUGAUGGGUCAUGUGAUCAGCACGGGGAUGGAGCUGGUGGGGACAGGGAGUUCGGUUCUUCUGAACGAGCGCCUGGCCAGUGCGGUGAAGAGGACUGUAGAGCUCGGCCAGAUCCAGCAGGACAUUACCACCAGGGAGAGGCUGCACGUCAGGGCCAUGGAGCACUUCUCCAAGGGGAGUUUCCCUAAGGCGUGUGAUGUUUGGGAGCAGAUCCUGGUGGAACACCCUACUGACCUGCUCGCCCUGAAGUUUGCCCACGACAGCUUCUUCUACCUGGGGGCCCAGACCCAGAUGAGAGACUCUGUGGCCCGGGUGCUGCCUCACUGGAAGCCCCACAUGCCUCUAUAUAGCUACCUAAAAGGCUUAUAUUCCUUUGGACUUCUGGAGACACAUUUUUAUGACCAGGCUGAGAAAAUCGCAAAAGAGGGCCUGGCUCUAACCCCGGAGGAUGCCUGGUGUGUCCACUCUAUAGCCCAUGUCCACGAGAUGAAGGCUGAGGUGGAAAAGGGCCUCAAGUUCAUGGAGAGCACAGAGAAAGACUGGGUGGGAUGUGACAUGCUAGCCUGUCACAACUACUGGCAUUGGGCCCUAUACUUCAUCGAAAAGGGCGAGUAUGAUGCAGCCCUGAACAUAUUUGACAGCCAGGUGUCUCGGCGCGGUAGGGCUUCAGGGGCCAUGCUGGACACUGUGGACGCCUGCUCUCUACUCUACAGACUGGAGAUGGAGGGUGUGUGCGUGAAGGACCGCUGGCGGGAGCUGCAGCAACUCACAGAGCCCCACACUGACGACCAUGUGCUGUUGUUCAACGACCUCCACUUCCUCAUGUCGUCGCUGGGAGCCAAGGAGUCCGGGGGAGCGGCCCAGUCCCAGCGCCUGCUGGAGGGCCUCCGCGAGCGGGCCAAUGUUCCAGAGGAGAACUACCAGCACCAGCUGGCUGGCAGCGUGGGGCUGCCCAUGUGUCAGGCCCUGCUGGAGUACGACCAGGGCAACUACAGCCGCGCCGUGGAGCUCCUGCUGCCCAUACGCUACCGCAUGAUGGAGAUAGGAGGCAGUGACGCGCAGAGAGACGUCUUUAAUCUGCUGCUGAUUCACGCAGCAAUGAAGUCAGGAGUGACUCAUCACCAGAAAUUGGCCAGAUGUCUGUUGGUGGAGCGUGAGGCAGCUAAGCCCAACUCUCCCCUCACUGACCGGCUGAUCCAGAGAGCCCGUGUCCUGCAUGCCUAGCCUGGGUAGCCUGGGCACAGAGGGCCUAAAGCUGGAUGUCACUGAGUCUGGACCAGGGGCUACUGCAGAUGUACCCUCCCCAAAUUGACUGGAUGUGUGGCUGAAGAAUGUGGCCUUUAUUCUUGAGGUACAUGGACCUAAUAGAAAUGAUCAUCUGUAUCCUCAACAUGGUCAAUAUCCAAUGAUGUUUUCUACAACUUCAACGUUUGUGAAAAUGUUAUGUUCAAUUGAAUGUUCUGUAACACAACAUUUACAGUAUGUCAAAUAGCACAUUAUAUUAGCAAACACACUUUGAAAUAAAUAUUACAUAAUUUUCACAAAAGAAUAUCCUCAUGUCAAUAUAAGUCAUAUUUAAAAUCAUGUAAACAUUAACACUUCCAAUGUCAGCCUUUAGUCAUCUCUGUCCAGCAUAUAAUAACACACUUCCAUACGGUCUAUACAGCACACCACUAAACCAGAUGCUCCGAAGGCUGUGUAAUGAAACCGUAGAUGGAUGUCCUUUGUUAACUGGAGUGGCCAGUAGUUCUUCUCUCUGUUCUCUCCUAGUUAUUCUGUUAUUUUCUGUGUCGGUCGGGCCAUCCUCUUCUCACAACACUGAGCUGAUCUCAUCCUGGAUCUGAGAGAUGAGGAUCUGGGAGAGCACAAUGCCUGCAAUCUGAUAGAGACAAGAACACACUCCGUCUGCGUCCCAAAUAGCAACCUAUUCCCUACACAGUGCACUAGUUUUGUCCCGAGCCCAGUAUGUGGAAUAGGGUCUCAUUUGGGUCGCAGGCUGGGUGCUAACUCACUCCCAACAACGCCACUCACUUACUGAAACCUACUAUGAGAAGCCGGUGUUCCCCACUCCACCUUUGUAUGUAGCCCUUGUGCAUGGGUUACCUGAGGCAGGGAGAGACCCAGAGCUAGAGCCCCCACCAAUAGCAGGUGGGACUCAAUCCACAGAACCGCCCUGUCUGCACAACCCACUGGAUAGAUGGACUUGGUGGCCUCCAGGUAGUUCUGAGUCUGGACCCCAAAGCCACACAUGGUGUUGAUCACAACCUGUACAGAGACAAAAUAACAUUAAGACUUCAUACAUAAGCAAUCAUGAUGCACUGUUGACUCAAAACAGAUAAUUACAUGUGGUUGAUUAUAAUUCAAUUAUAUCUAGUUAAAUGAA